AUGUAUGCCCCUCUUUAUGUGCCGUGUAUCAUCCUUACAUUUCUCAACUUCAUCAAUUCCUUUCAACAAUCAACCGAGUAUGUACAUGUUUUUUACAAUGACAAUCAGAUAACAACUACCAAUAUUCUUUUGGAAUUAACAAACAUUCCAAGUCUGUCGAGUUGUAGCGCUAUGUGCAGGAAGCGGGCUGAUUCUAUCUCCUUUUUCUACAAUUCCGCCAUUAAGAAGUGUGUGUGUACUGGACCGCUUGAGUGCCAAGAACUUGGAGCAAAAUUGGCAGAAAUAGAGACUAAGGAAGAAAAUACAUUUCUGAAAAAUUACGCAGUAGAGAAUAAUUAUGGUACAGCGUUUAUUGGAGGAACAGAUGCCUUCUCGCAGAACAGAUGGAGGUGGUCAACAACAUUUAAACCGAUUACCUUCACUGACUGGGCGCCCGGUAAGCCGGAUACAACCACAAGUGACGAAUGUCUUACGCUGAGUGCUAACAUUGGAAUGUCUUGGGAUGACCACAGCUGUGAUUUUGCUUUUUCGUUCAUAUGUGAGCGGAUGAUGAUAUAA